AUGGAAAUUCCCGAACAUCGCAAGUGGAUGGUUAAUAGGAUGGGUCCUGAUCAAAGAAGAGUAACAGAUGAGUAUAUGGCUGGGGUUUUCGAGGUCGCGCAAUUUGCUUGGGCACAAGAAAAAUUCAAAAAAGAAGGAAAGUUGAGAUGCCCGUGUAAAAUAUGUAAGUGUAAGAAACAUCAGUUAGUUGGCGAUGUCAUGGGACACCUUUGUAUGAAGGGAUUUAUGGAUGGUUACUAUUAUUGGACUAACCAUGGUGAAAAAAGGCCUCCAAUUCCGCCAGUGGUUUCAAACAACUAUUACAAAUGUAGUGGGGUUCGGGAAGACUUCAAUGACUUUGAGCAAAUGGUAAUGGAUGUAGCUGGACCGUCUCUUGGUACAUAUAUUGAGCAACAAACAGAUGAAUGUGGAGACCAAAUUAGGGAAGAUCCUAACCCAGAAGCCAAAAUAUUUUUUGAUAUGUUGAAAGCUGCGCAAGCUCCCUUGUAUAAUGGUUGUGAAAAUUAUUCUGAACUUUCUGCUGCAAUACAAGCUUUAAGUAUCAAGUCAGACUUCAAUAUCUCUGAGACUUGCUUUAAUCAAUGGAUGGAUUUUAUGGGAAAGGCGUUGCCAAAUGACAAUCGAAUGCCUGAAAACUUCUAUCGUGCAAAGAAAUCAGUGGAAAAGCUUGGAUUGGGUUGCAUAAAGAUUCAUUGUUGCCCUAAUGGAUGUAUGAUAUAUUACUUUCCUGAUGAUAAAAAUCUUCGUAGUUGUAAAAUUUGUGGUGAAGAUCGUUACAAAAGCGUCAUUAGAAAUGGUAAGGUUAGAGAAGUUCCUUUAAAAAAGAUGUGGUAUUUCCCUCUUAUCCCAAGAUUUCAAAGACUUUAUUCGUCAAUGCAAACUGCAAGCCAAAUGAGUUGGCAUCGUGAGAAUAUAAGAGAUCCAUGCUAUUUAUCGCAUCCAUCUGAUGGAGAGGCAUGGAAGCAUUUUGAUGAAAGAUAUCCCAAAUUUUCAAUGGAUCCUCGAAAUGUGAGGCUAGGAUUGUGUGCUGAUGGAUUUGCAUCAUUUGAUCAAACAGGUAGGACAUAUUCAUGUUGGCCAAUAAUUCUUACUCCUUACAAUCUUCCACCUUGGAUGUGCAUGAGAAGAGAGUUCUUAUUCUUAACCAUUAUAAUUCCUGGCCCUUCCAAUCCAAAAGGGAAGAUUGAUGUGUACAUGCAGCCACUUAUAGAUGACCUUAAACUUUUAUGGAAUUCUGGUGUGAUGACUUAUGAUGUCUCACUACAGCAGAAUUUUAUCAUGAAGGCUUGUUUAUUAUGGACAAUUAAUGACUUCCCUGCAUAUGGGAUGUUGUCUGGCUGGAUGACAAUGGGAAAACUAGCUUGUCCAAUAUGCAUGGAGAAUACAAAAGCAUUCACCCUUCAACAUAGUCGAAAAACUACAUUUUUUGACUGUCAUCGACAAUUCUUGCCCUUUGAUCAUUGCUACAGAAGGAAUAAGAAUUCUUUUAGAAAGAGGAAAGAUGAGACAACGUUGCCCCCACAAAGGUUGACAAAUGAAGAAAUAUGA